CACAAUCACAAAUUAAUUUUCUCUCUACGUAAGCGUGGUUGUGCUUGCCUGCUGCCUGGGAAAAGAAGUAUAUAUAGUACAUAUAUAAAUUGUGUAUACCUAGCGACGCAAUUAAUCGCUGGCAUAAAGAAAUUUGUAUAAAAUUUCAAAAAUAUUAACAUAUACAUAAAUAUACACUAUGCCCCGCUAUCGUGAAUGGGACUUGGCCUGCAAAGUCUACGUGGGCAAUCUUGGCUCCUCGGCCUCCAAAUAUGAGAUUGAGAACGCGUUCAGUAAAUAUGGACCCCUGCGUAAUGUGUGGGUAGCACGCAAUCCUCCUGGCUUCGCCUUCGUCGAAUUCGAAGAUCGUCGCGAUGCAGAGGAUGCGACACGAGGACUUGAUGGCACACGCUGCUGUGGCACACGCAUACGCGUCGAAAUGUCUUCAGGCCGUUCACGUGAAGGACGCGGCGGUGGAGGCGGCGGUGGCCGACGCGGCGGACGCAGUGGCAGUGGAGGUGGCGGCGGUGCAGCUGCUCGUGCUGGUGACGCUGGCGGACGUUAUAGGAUAAAGUCUUCUUCUACUACAAGCACAACAAGAACAACAACAACAGCUACUACUACUACUACUACUACUAGAACUUCUACUACUCCUCCUCUUCCUUCAACAAGUACAACUACUACAACAACAAGAACAACUUCACGUCUCAUAACUACAACAACAACAAGAAAAACAGCUCCUGCUCCUCCUCUUACACACAUUUCACCAACACCAACAACAACAACACGCCCAACCAAAUUGUGCAGCUUUAUGAUAAUUGUCGAUUUCAACAAAUACGAUAUAUUCCGCUGACUGCAAAAAAUAACAAGAAAAACAACAACACCACCAACAACAACAAUAACUACAACAGCGACAGCAACACAUCACAACAAUAGCAACAAGAACACAUGCUCUUCUUCGCAAGCUCUCUACAAAAUCUUUGUACUUAACGUACGCAUCUAUUUGUCAGCUGAAGGGGCAGUCCAAUCACCAUCCACCAUCAGCAGCAACAGCUACAACCUGCAUCAGCAUCAACUGCGACACCACACAACACAACAUAAUUCACACAACUCUCUCUUUCUCUAUCUAUCUCUCUCUCUCUCUCUCUCUCUUCUCUCUCUCUAACUCAUCACACACCCAUAAACGAGAACAUAAACAACAUGCUCUCACAUUCACAAACACACACAAAUCACCAAGUGCGACGUGGCAGCAAAGCGCAAUUGUGGGGCCAGUCAAUCAGUCGGUCAAUCAAACGAUCAAUCAACGGCUUUUGACUGCAGCUGUCGUCGCAACUUCACCAAUAAGCAACAACAACAGUCUUCAUAGCUCAUCAUAAAAUGCUUCUACUUUCGUACCAACAAGAACAACAACGACUUAUGCUCUCUCACAUAUAUUAACAACACUUAUCAACAACACCACCACCACCACAACCAACAACUACAACAGCAACCAACCAACCAACCAACAACAACAAGCAAGUGCAACUACUGACCCAGCCAGCAAUCAAAUCUAACUCCAAUUACACCAACAACCAAUCAAUCAACCAAUCAAUCAAUCAAUCAACCAACCAACCAACCAAUCAAUCAGCCAAUCAAUCAACCAGUCAGCCAAUCAACCAAUCAGCGCUUUGCAACAGCCAACAACCGUAGACAACAACUCUAGACUCAACUUCAACUUGCAGUCCUACACGCGUCUUCUGCAACGCUUCUCAGCCUCAACGGGUCUGCUUCUGUCCCCCACAGUAUAUCUGUAUAUAUAAGAUAUAUAAAAUAUAUAUAUUUGUUGAUCAAUGAAUGUAUAUAUAUAUAUAUGUAAGAAUCAUCUUAUGCUCAUCUAGAAGCCAGCCUGCCACCAACAACAGCUACAACAGCCAACCAACAAGUACAACAACAACAACUUCAAGAACAGCCAACCAACAAGUACUACAACAACAACAACAACAACAGCUACUUCAACAACAUGCAACAACUUAGGGCUCUCUUUUUGUUAAUCAUCUUUUAUUUAAUUUGUUGUUGCUCUAGCUUCGUAGCUCAUUUCAGUUCUUGCACCCCUACCGGGUUGGCCAUACCCCCCACCCCCCAUAUACCUUCCACCCCCUACAAAUUAAAAAGCAAAUACCCUGCGCCGAGCAUCUCUGCAUCACAGAAAAAAAAAGAAAUGUCUAUGAAUCUUCAAAUUCAGCUGCGCUGCGCUUCUUCACAACUUCAGCUUCAACUGCAACUGCAACAACUCCUCCUGCAACAACAACAACUACAACAACAACCACCAAUAAUCACCAACAACAAGAACAACAACAACCACCAACCACCACCUCCGAAUUAUCACGUAAAGCAACUACCAAAAAAAAAAAAAAAAAUUCAAAAAUCUAAAAAAAAAGCGUAUGUAAAAUUGCUACCAAAAAUUAUUUUUAGCUAAAAGAAAUGCUAUCAAAUUUUAACUUUUAAUUUUUUUUAGAACUUUUUUCGUUAUUAACAUUGCUGUAUAAUACCCUUGCCGCAACGAGUAGAAUGCAUAUGCUAAGUUGAUUUGUGACCUGGUGUCCUUCCGUGCGUUCAACAUUUCCGUUUCUGGCCUAUAUGAACUCAUCAUCCAGUGAAUCAAUCUUAAUGAAACUUGGCAUAGAUGCUGCUAAUUGCUGCAGUCAGCAUAUAUGUUGAAGUUGGUUGGAUCGUAUCACUAUAUCAUCAGUUUAAUAAGGAAGCGAUGAGCAGGCUAACCCACACAGUGCAUAGACUAUCGAUACAGUGAAGCCUCGCAUAUUGGAAUGUUAUGAUUUGUAAUUAUUUGAUUCUCACAAAUUUCAUUGUAAAUUCGAAUUCGAAUCAGUUCCAAUUGUUGUGUGUUCACUGUAUGCAGAUCCUUAAGCAUUUGCCGAUGUCAGCUGUCAGCAAAGGUAUUUAGUCUUCGGCUGAGCCGUUGUUAACAGUAUUUUCUAUCGUUUUCUUUUCAUUUUGGAUCGUUUAUCGUUAUUGUUUAUAUUGUUUGUUUGUGUACAUUGUUGUUGUUCCUUAACACACAUACACACGCAAACAGCCAAAGUCACACACACACACAUGCGCGAAUGCAGUAACAAAUGUGAAGGAACUUACCUCAGGCUAUCCCCCCUUUUCUCAGCUCCUCUCUCUCUUGUCUCUGUGUAUGUGCAUGCGUGCGUGCGUGUGUGAAUGUGUGUGUAUGUGUAUUAGUGUAAGCAACAGCUGCAGCAGCAGUAACUAGAGCAUCAAUACACUUGAGCACCUAUUACAGUAACAACAAUCGAGUGUUGCAACUACAGCGACAACAGCAACAACAACAUCAACAAGAACAACAGCAACUAGUACAACAUUCUUCUCUCAGUCUGCUAUGCUCAUCCAACACUGAACUCACCCAACACCACCACAGCUACUACUACGUUAAUGUAUGUUGUUUGUUUUUGUUUUUGGUUAUGUUUUUUUUUUUUACCACCAAAAGAGGAAAAGAGACCAGCCAAAUGCCCCCCUGCCGAAAGUAGCAUUCUCUCUCUUUAUCUCCCUCUCUCUCUAUAUACAUAUAUAUAUGUAUAUGUAUAUGUGUAUAUGUAUAUGUAUCUCUCUCAGCUCAGCUCAACGCAGCGCCACAGCCAACAGACAAACUGCGAGAGCAUCACGAAAAGCAACCACCAAGACCAACCAACCAACCAACCAAUCAACCAACCACCAACUCCUCUCAGAGCUUCUCCAUAGAAUAUCAGUAAAAAAAUAUAUAUAUAUUAAAUGAGAACAAACCCAUAAACUGAGAAAUGGAGGCUCAGUUUUUCAACAUUUUUUAUAAAAUGAAAUGACAACCAAAUACCAAAUUUGAUGUCUCAAAUUGCUUAUUUAAAAAAAAAAAAACUAUUUAAUUUGUAUUUUUCUCUCUCUCUUUCUCGCUCUUCUCUUUUCUCUCUCGCUCGCGCUUCUUCUCGCUCUCUGUAUCUUAUCACUCACUCUCACUCAUGCGCUCCUGCCGUGUGUCUGUCUGAAAUCAUAUUAAAAAAAAAACAUCGUAUCCGUCAUCCUGCAACAAAUUAAACUCCAUCCCAUCCCAUCCAUUCCAAUCGCGCCCACCCACCACAAACACCAAUCUACUUACAGGUCACGCUCACCCAGACGCUCUCGCACCCGCAGUCGCAGCUUCUCACGUGAUCGACGCAGCCGUUCGGACUCGAGGGAUCGCCACUAGGUGAAGGUGCCAGCCAACCCAGCAACAACAAAUGCAGCAGCAACAACAACAUUAGGAACAGAUCAGCAGGAACAGACACACACACACACA